AUGGCAGAAGCAGACGAGUUGUGCGAUUUGCUGUUUUUGUGGCUGAAAAAGAGGAAGCAGUGUGCAGAGAAGCUGUUGGCUUUGGCAAAGGAGUUGGAGGAUGUACAUGAAAAAAGUACAGUUUCUCAAGUGGUCGGAUCUGCCACGUCCGUGAUUGCACUGUCUACAGCAGGAGUCGUCACUUUACUGACAGGAGGCCUGGCCACCCCUCUUCUGGUUGCCACAACAGUGGGGACGAUAGCGGGAGCUGCAGUCGACAUCGCUUCCACAGCAAUAGAGGCAAUCAUCUCCGGCAGUACCAUGAAGGACGCUAAAAGUAUCAUCCAAGAAGAUGAGAAGAUUGGAAAGAACAUUCAGGAGGCAAUAGAAAAUCUGAAGAAGAAAUGUGGAGUGCAACAAAAUGGCGCUCAUGGAUCUACAGAUGUAGGUAGUGAGGUGGCCACUCAAAUUAUGUGGGCACUGGCCAGACGAAAUAAUGUAGAUGUGCCUCCGGGCUUUCUCCGAAUAUUCGUCAGGUCCGCGUUCUUUCAAAAUUCAGGUGGACUGCAUGCUGCUGCUGCCAUUCCCCAAAUGUUGAUUUUAUCUGCUGAAGCAUUAUGUUUUCAACUGGGCAUCGAAGGCUUCGAGGUCGGUGCCAAAGGACUGGGCAUGAGUGGUGCAAAAGCUGCUUCUAAAGCAGGUUUUAAGUUACUGGGCGUGAUUGGUUUGGGCAUCUCUCUGUACAGCUUGGUUUCGAGUUGUGAAGAAAUGCUAAAGAGCAAUCAGCGCACGAAGGCCAGCCAGGCUCUACGAAAUGCAGCCAGGGAAGUACAAGAAGGAAGGAGAAACCUGGAAAAACAACUCGACGCAAUGAACGAAAUCACCCAAAAAAUGUCGGAACUAAAAAAUCUUAUCAAGAGCUUGCGGAAAUAUUCUCUGAGCAUGACUGAGAUUGGACAGAAAAUCAUUAAUUACAUCAUUCAAUCAUGGACGGAUCCCGAGGUUGUUUCCUGGCUGAAGACAUUACCUCAUCAGAUUCAGUUUCUAAACCUUCUUCAUUUUUUUAUAAUGAAUUUGAAUCAGCUUCCAGAUCGUCUGAAGAAGAAACGUGGAGGUCACAUAGACAUUGUGUUUGUGGCUCAUGGUGGAAUCACGAACGUGCUCAUGUCAGCGAGUCUCUUGAUGCCUACUCCUAACAUUAUUGACACUGUUCUCUACUCUCCGUGGAACUGCCUAAUUAAUGCCUAUGCUGCAUGUGCAAUUGCUGAGGGAUGGAAUAACACGGAGGGCAGAGAUUUUUACAAUCUUAAUACGAAACAGCCAGCUCUGUUUGAGCCAAACCCCUUGCCCGAUUGCUGGAACCACAUGCGAACAUCUUUCCUACCUGUCCCAGUGAUCCUUCUGACCCCUCUGUACCCUGAAGAACAAGCGUGGAAAGAGUUUCAAGCCCUUCAGGGACACAUGGACAGAAAUGGCCGGGUUAUUAUUCCAUUCUUGGUCCCAGAUGACUGUGUAGAAGCAUUCAAAGAGACGCCUUUUUAUAUGUUCAUUAUUGCACUGUCAUACAUAUUAAUGAUCAAUGAGAAAACAGCCACUGUGCACCUGGCUGCCUGUUUGUGCCGGGGGGGAAGUGAACCAAUGCCAGCCGACUGGCGGGCACAGUAUGCUUUCACAUAUGAUCAAACCAUGAUGACCGCGAGAAACAGGGCUUUUAUGAGCCGUAGCUUAUUGAGAGCCUUUAGGGCAAUGUUUGACAGGAAUGGAAGAUAAAUCACUGCCACCUCAAAAUAAACAUAAUUGUAUCAUUUCUGGCAGUGAAAGCUGAAUGUUGAUUUUUUUCCCUAUCACCACAGGAUAUUCACUCCACUGACUGCUGGUGAUGCUUUAGCAAAUAACAAAAAGUGCAAAACUGAUAAUACUGCCCAGUGCCCACUCCUGUGAUUGUUGGUGGUAUGGGGGUAUUUCACACAUACUAUAUGUUUGUAUUACAAAUGAUCACAAAUGAUGAUAUAUUUCAUGAUGUCACUUACACUCACCUAAAGGAUUAUUAGGAACACCAUACUAAUACGGUGUUUGACCCCCUUUCGCCUUCAGAACUGCCUUAAUUCUACGUGGCAUUGAUUCAACAAGGUGCUGAAAGCAUUCUUUAGAAAUGUUGGCCCAUAUUGAUAGGAUAGCAUCUUGCAGUUGAUGGAGAUUUGUGGGAUGCACAUCCAGGGCACGAAGCUCCCGUUCCACCACAUCCCAAAGAUGUUCUAUCGGGUUGAGAUCUGGUGACUGUGGGGGCCAUUCUAGUACAGUGAACUCAUUGUCAUGUUCAAGAAACCAAUUUGAAAUGAUUCGAGCUUUGUGACAUGGUGCAUUAUCCUGCUGGAAGUAGCCAUUAGAGGAUGGGUACAUGGUGGUCAUAAAGGGAUGGACAUGGUCAGAAACAAUGCUCAGGUAGGCCGUGGCAUUUAAACGAUGCCCAAUUGGCACUA